AUGCCUCUCUUUAUAAAUCGGGAUCAAAUAUUUGCACAUCAGGUGCACCUGCUGGAGCACAAACUGAGAAGUAAAGAGGAGCGGAUACUUGAACUGGAGACGGAGAAUGCUAUUCUUCAUUUAAGACUAGCCGAGUGUUUGGGGAAACUGCGUCGGGACCAUGAAGAAGGAACCCGGGCCCUAAGACAACGUCAGCACCAGCAGGAUGCACAGAAGAUAACCCGGGCGACUCUUACCAAACUCCUGUCUGGAGUCCAGGCUGUGAAGCAGGACCUGAGUGAGGUUUUUGCAGUGUAUGUGAGCUUUGCCACUGAGCUGGAAGAGCAGAGCAAGCAGCUGCUGGAGAAGGUGGGACAAGCCAGUUUAAGCCGAAAUGGCCACCCUGCAGAUGAGGUUACAGACUUGCAGGCUCGCGUGGCAGCUUUGGAGCGCUCUCUGGAGGAGGAGAGGGAGAGGUGCAAAGCAGAGAGGCAAAGGAGGAAAGAGCUUCACAAUACAGUGGUGGAACUGAGAGGGAACAUCAGGGUUCAUUGUAGGGUGCGUCCGGUUCUGCCCUUCGACCAUGUCCAGUCCCACCCCUCUGGAUUAGGGCCUGCAUCAUCAGAGGAAGUGGUCUAUGCAAUAAGUGAUGACACAGUGAUGGUGAAUUGUAUAAAGACAGGGACACCAGUGCAAAACAAGAUGUUUGAGUUUGAGAGGGUGCACGGACCAGAGGAUAGCCAGGGAACUGUGUUUGAGGAAGUCAAGCCACUCCUCACAUCUCUGCUGGAUGGCUAUAAUGUGUGUAUCAUGGCAUACGGGCAGACAGGCAGCGGGAAAACUCACACCAUGAUGGGAUCCCAGCCGCUGGAGCAACACUCAGGGACACAGCAGGAGGCACAGCAGGGAAUCAUACCCAAGGCUGCCGCUGAGCUCUUUCGGCUGAUCUCUGAGAAACCUGUCGAGAGCCACACGGUGGAGGUGUCAGUGAUGGAGGUGUACAACAACGAGGUGUUCGACCUGCUGGCCAAAGAUGAACAGGGCAACGCCGCAGGCCAGCGCCGCGAUGUCAUCACCACCUCCUGUGGUACCAGCCAGGUCACCUCUCUGACAUACGAGCCUGUGAGUAACGCCUCUGAGGUGAUCCAGAUCAUCGGCAGUGUUCUAAAACGCAGGGCCCACUGUCCCACUCUCGUCCACACCGACUCUUCUCGCUCUCACCUCAUCGUCACACUCACCAUUUCCUCCAAGAGCCCCAACGCAGUGGCCCUGGCCCGCAGGCUACAGAGUGCCAAGAAGGACAUGCAGCGCACCACCCAGAAGGAGUGGUGGAGUCCAAGAUGUCGCCGUGCCAACCCUGCCGCCCGCCACUUAUCAGAUGAACAUCUUUUCUCAAGCAGCCCCUCCUCUCCAUGUCACUCCCCCCUGAGUUCCCCUUGCCCCUCCCCCAGGCACAGUAUGUCACAGACUCCCUUCAGGACCAAGCUGCAGCUGGUGGACCUGGCAGGGAGCGAGUGUGUUGGUAUGUCUGGAGUGUCUGGAGCAGCUCUGUGGGAGGUGUCCUGUAUAAACCGUAGUCUCUCCGCUCUGGCGGAUGUUCUGGGAGCUCUGGCUGAACAGAGACCACAUGUCCCCUACAGAAACAGCAGACUCACCCACCUUCUACAGGACGCCAUAGGCGGCGACGCAAAGCUGCUGCUGAUGCUGUGUGUCUCUCCCACACAGCGCUUCAUCUCAGAGUCUCUGCAGUCUCUGGGCUUGGGCACACGGGCCCGCCAGAUCCAGAAAGAUCUGCCACGAAAGAAGAAUAACACCCUAAAAGUUAAGUGA